AUGGGGUUAUUGGUUGUUGGCGAGCCCUUGAACUGGGAAGAUACGAAGAAACAUGCGGAAUAUAAAACUGGUGGACUAUUCUUGCGUUCGUUGAACCUCAAUACAUCAGCUCAAGAAUUAAUCUUUCCGCCGUUCCCUCAACAAAUCCCUUAUCGCAGAGAGCACGGACUGGAGCAACUCAUCCAUAUUUACAACCAAUACAAAGAUCGCUGCUGCGACACGCUAAAAUGGGGCGACGAGGUGGAGUACAUGAUCUGCCGCGGCAACGAAGCGGGCAAAAAGAUCCAACUCGUCUUGAAAGGCGAAGAUAUCUUCGAGGAGCUCGAUUGUGAGCAGCAGGACGAGCUCUGGAGGCCGGAAUAUGCCAGCUACAUGCUUGAAGGGACUCCUGGACAGCCUUAUGGGGGAACUCUCAAUGAUUUGCUGAAGGUCGAGCGCUCAAUGCUCAGAAGACGAAAGCAAGUCGAAGCAAAACUUGAAGAAAACGAGUACCUGGUCGCUUAUUCAACCUUCCCCCGCCUCGGCUGCGAGAAAUUCACCAUCCCAGAAGUCGUCAUCAAUGACCCGGUCACCGACAAUCCUUUCACUCAGUCGGAAUUCUUCCCCGAACGCGCAAUCAACCGCCAUCCCCGCUUUCCAACCCUUUCUCAAAAUAUUCGACACCGAAGAGGAAAAAAGGGACACAAGAAAUACGCUAGUAAUAUAUCCAAUCUCUUGAACUCUGUAGACAUGUUGUCGAGCCCAGACAAGUUAAUUCCAAUGACUCCAAUAAUGCUCGCGAUAUCAGCCGCUUCUCCGAUAUUCCGCGGCCUCUUAGCCGAUGUUGACACUCGUUGGUCAGUAAUUUCUGCCUCUGUCGAUUGUCGAACCGAGGAGGAAAAAGGCUCAGUGCCGCUUAAAAACGACAAAUACGUCAUUCCAAAGAGUCGUUACGCGUCUGUCAGCUCGUAUCUUAUGGACGAGAACCAAAAGUACAACGAUAUGAAACUCGUUAUCAACCCUGAAGCGGAGAAAAAGCUGCUCGAUGCGGGAAUGGAUCCAGUUUUGGCAACGCAUUUUGCGCAUUUAUUCAUCAGGGACCCGGUUACUCUUUGGGGCAACAAAAUAUAUUUGGAUGAUGAGAAAGAGUCCGAUCACUUCGAGAAUAUUCAAUCGACAAACUGGCAAACGCUGAGAUUCAAGCCGCCACCACCGAACUCGCCCAUCGGCUGGCGAGUUGAAUUUAGACCGAUGGAGGUUCAAUUCACCGAGUUUGAAAACGCUGCCCAUUCCAUUUUCAUCGUGCUUCUUACACGCGUUAUUUUAAGUUACCACCUGAACCUGACCGUCCCAAUCUCAAAAGUAGAAGAAAACAUGAAACGAGCAGAACACCGUGACGCCGUUUUGAAGCAAAAAUUCUACUUCCGAACUAAUCCUGACGAAGAAACGCCAAAGAUCCUCGAACUCAGCUGUGACGAAGUCAUAAACGGAGGAAGAGGAUUUUUCGGUCUCAUUCCAUACAUGAGAAAGUACUUGGACGACUCUGGCACUGAUAUUAAGACGAGAUGUAAAAUUCUGAGUAUGGCGAGUGUUUGA